GGUUUUCAAACAACUGAAUAGCGUUCGUUUCUGUUUUUAGUUACGUAUAGUUUAUUUGACAGGUUAUAUAGUUUCUCGUGCGGUCCGCGUUUUGUUUCUUUCGCAUGUUUUCGCGAAAAGUGACGUCAAAUUGUUAUUUGUCUUCCGGCCUAAAAUUAUUUUAAACAGUUGUUUUUAAUCGGACCAGCUAGUUGAGUUUAUCGUUUUUAUUAGUAAUUUGUGUUUUUGUUAUUAGUGAACAACUCUUUAAGGAUUAUUUGUAUAAAUUGGGCAGUUGGAUAUUAAAUCGGCAUCAUGACUCGGUUGCGUGAAAUGGCGAUAUGUCGCAAUCGCUUCCUAGCGAAACCGGGCCGGAUUUGAACAAUCUCGCAUAGAAAAUGCUUAAAUCCUUAGAAGAAUACGUAGUAGAAAUGGAAAAACGUAGUGCCAUAAACGAGCAGAAUGCUCAAAUCCCCAACGAGGACCUCUGGACUCAGCUGCAGCAAAAGGAGAACGAUCUACAAUUGGCAGCUGAGUUAGGAAACGCGUUGCUGGAGAAAAACAAGGAGCUAAUGAAGCAACACGAAGCAGCUAUCGAAGAAAUUUCUAAAAAAUUAGAGAUCGUAGAACAAGAUCGACAUCUGUUGCGAAAAAAGCUCACAAGUAAGGAAUCCGAAUUAGAUGCUAGAAUAUUGGAAUUAGAAAAUGACCUUACGGAAGUUAAGGACAAAUUAGCGGCAAAAGACCUUUUGUUAAAACAAUGGGAAAGAGACAAAAGCAGCUUGGUCGAAGAAUUAACAUCCCAAAAUGGGAGAUUAACUCAUCAAUUAAAAGAAGCACAGUCGGUGGAAAUACAACUUAGGCAACAAUUAGAUAGUUAUAAGGAACAAAUUUCAUUGGGAAAAUCCAGUUUACAGCAACAUUUAAACAGUGUUGAUGGAUUGAAAGAUGAGCUCGACCUAGUCACGGAGAAGAAUAAGGAGUUGGAACGAAGAUUGCGGGGAGCAGCUGAGGAACGAGAUAAUUUAGCUUCAGCAGUAGAAGAAGCCUCUGAUAGGAUAUUGCUAUUGGAAAGGCAUGCCAGAGAACAAGACAUUAGGUACCAACAAAGCAUCAAAGAAUAUAGUUUACCUCAAGAAAAGCUUUCUAUAGAAGAACGACUGAAUGGUGACCACCGAUCGCUUCUAGCAGAAAUGGACAUCUCGGAACCGACGCUGAGCCAGGAAUGUAUGUCAGUAUACAGGCAGCUGAGAUCGCUGGUACAGCAGCUCAAGUCACACCAAGACGAUGACAGUGGGCUUCACUCUGAUUGUUCUACGACAUCUCUAGAAGAUACUAGUAGAUUUUCACCUGGAUUAUUAAGUGAGGUAGCACAGGAACUUGUGGGGUUGGUAUUGGAUACAGACGUCGUAAGACUCCUAGAACGAUUGGAACAAGCUAGAAGGGAAAUUCAAGAAAGAGAUGAAGAAUUACAAAAAAGAAUGGAAAGGAUAGUAGAACUGAGUACGAAGAGUUCUGUUUGCGAAGUUGAAUUACAAGCGGCUCUAGAAGAACGAGAUAGAGCUAGAAAUGACGCAAACGAUACAUCACUAGCUCACGAUGACGUAGUGGCUCAAGCUAGAGAAGACAGAGACUUGGCUGUACAGAGGCGGACAAAAGCAGAAGUGGAAUUGGCCAAGACGAGAGUAGAUUUAAUGCAAGCCAACAGUCAGCUGCUGGAAGUAAUCCAGCAAAAGGUUGAAAUGAGUCAACAACUAGAACAGUGGCAGAUGGAUAUGCAUGAACUUUUAGAAGAACAGCUUAAAAAUAAACUAUCAAGACACGAAACAAAGGCAAGAACGAAAGAACAGACACCCGUAGCACCGCCGAGAAGAAGACUGUUAAAUUUCUUUUUACAACGAUAGCAUGCUAAAUUACUGUAGAAUUACAAUAGCAAUAUGUUACCAACGUUUUAAAAAGUAGCCAAAAACCAGUGAAUUGAAAAACUCAUUGUAGGUAGAUUAUCUAAAUGGCUAAAA